AUGAAUGCUGGCACAGUAGGGGAUUGCGUAGCUAAAAUGAUUUUAUUUUUUGACGAUUCAUCAGAAGCCGUAACAUGUCUAUGUUCACGUGCCCUAUUAAGGUAAGCUGAACUGUUUACAUGUGCAAAGCACAGUGUAGUAUCUGUUUCAUUUAAACUCUUGGUAAAACUAUUGGUCCGCACACCCCCACAUAGUACUUUGCCCAGCAGCUGUACUUCCACUAAUCGAACGUGGCAGAAUGGAAGAAAAAUAUAUGCAUUGUCGGAUCAGAUUUUGGUUGGACUGUAUACAUUAAACUUUCGAAGCUACAGGGGUGGGGGCGGGGAGAGACAACGUCUGGGACAGAGAAACGAUGUUCUCACAACUUGCAAGGCGGUCACCUUGCGUGGUGGUCAGCGAAUAAUUGCAAUACUUUUUCUAAAGUAAAUAAUUCAGGGGGGGUGGGGGUGGUGGUGAACUUGGUAGUAUGUUUGUCCUGAUGAUCUUGGCCAUCGCGACGUGACGAAGAGAGAAGUGCACAACUUCAAAGAGUUUUCGAAAAUGGUGACGUUGCCAUUUCCAAAUGCGACUUUUAAAGUUGGCUUUCUUGAAUGUUGAUGCUUCAAAAUGGUUUUUGUCAGAGUAGGAUAGUGCAGUUCCAACAUCUCUUUCCGAAAAGGUGAGUAAAAUGUGUAUUAAUCUGAAAAAUAAUGCACAUGAGAGCUGUAAACAGUUUCGGUCAAUUUCCUCAAGUGGAAUAAUGUGCCGCAAAAGUGUUUUUGUUCCUUCUCAAAGCCCUUGAUCUUUGGUUUUGAUGUAAUGCACAUGAUCAAUAAACAAAUCCGCUGGUAAGACCCUUGAUGAUCGCUUUGCAAGUUGUGAGAACAUCGUUAGGAUUUCAUUUAAGAGAAUGUAUGGGAAGUAGUUCCCCCUCUCCUGUUUAAAGUCCCCUGAGAAAAUCUCAUCCAUCUGAGGUGGGGUAGGGCAUAUUAAUUAAAUGUAAUAAUGGGGAGCAACUACAGAAUACAGGGCCAUAUCUUAGGUCUCAAACAGAAGUGGCUUGGUGGCUCGCUAGUCAAGACCAGUGUUUAUACACUGUAGAAUGACAAAGAUAUGACAUAUACCGUAUUUAUUCGGCUAUGAGCCGAUCUUGGUUAUUAGCCAAGACCCUAAACUUUGAACGCAUAGAAUCAGCAUAACCAAGGACAAAAAAUAAAUUGAAAACACCUGGCUAUAGGCCGAGACCCAUUUGUUACAAGACUUUUAACUACAGUAAAACCUAACAUUUUCGAAAGAAAUGUGACCUUCUCCAGGAAAAUGUACACUAACACAUUUCCAUGAAACAGGCAAAAACUAAUGGCUGAUAAUUGGCUUUUGAAUCGUUUAAAGGGUUGAUUAAUGCUUUUAACGGAUUGGCAAAAAUUUCUUAUGGCUUUGGAAAGUGUUUGAACAGCAGACCAAACGCAUCGAUUUCAGAUGCUUAAAAGACAAUUUAUCACGCGUGACUCACAAAUCCAUACGGAGCAUUCUUCAACACAUGAUUAAUAAGGAAAAUUCAAUUCAAUUUCCCAAAAUUAUUCCCAAAAGGCGCAUAAUGUUGACUUUGUGUCCUAACUGUAACACAACGUGCUAAAAUUGUUGCCUUUUAAAUAGCUGCAGAAGUGCUCAAAGGUCACCAGAACAUCUUCGGACAUUUUCAGCAUUGUUCAGAAUUCUUCUAAAACUCAUCAGAAAUCUUUGGAAGUCACUGGGAUGUUCACAGAAAUCCCAGUAAUGAUAAGAUGAAAAUCUCACACAUUUGCCUCAGAAAAAGUUGGCAGGUAUAUGAAUGCUGGCUACAUUUAUGCUAAGCAUGCAUAAUAGCAACAUGGAGAUUAGGAUUGUUGGCUGCUCUUGUUGUUCGCCGCUACGUAACUUAGUUACCCUAUUUCCAUUAGUUCCCUUUCUGCCAUAAGAAGAGGAAAUGCUGUAGAUCUUUAAAACUAUCUCUUUUUUGCAUUUGCCUUUUCUGUUCUUAUUACUUUUAACAAAACAAAGUAAAGACCAGAAAAAUAUAAAAUUUAUACAUAAUACUGUGUUAUGGAGCAGAACACCAUGUAGACUGUGUCAACAGAAUUAAUUCUUGUAUAUAAAAAAGGAACAGAUGGGUUAGAUACCCUUGGUGAUUGUUUAAAGAAUGGUCAUUAACGUCAAAUUACUGUGUUUAUCUGCCACCAGUGAUAUUGAUCUGUUGAAAUAUGAAAACCACCCACAUGUUGGAGAAAAGAACAAGGCAGAAAAGAACACCAUGCAAUUUAAGGUAUGAAAUGAGGUCAGAUAAAUAUCUUUAGUUUUAGGACGUUUCCCCUUUCAAAUGAGAAUUGCUGGAUUUUUUUCUUCAACCUUCAGUGUAUUGAAAAAACAGAAAAGCUUUUCCUAUCUGGCUCUGAUUUGCAUUCCACUUAAGAGAACGAUACCAAAGAAACUGAGUCUGUAUUUGAUACAGAGGAAGUUAAUACUGUACAUUUUGAUGCCGUUGUUUUUGUUUACAUAAUCAAAUUCAACUUUGUUUCCUCCAGUUAACAAGGGGCUCAUACUCAUUGUUUUUGCUUGGAAUUGUAUCUGCACAAUAUCAAGCAGUACUUCAUGUUGACGAUUUCUGUGGCUGUGCAUUUUAUGAGAUUAUUAGUUAGUUCUUUAUACUAUUGUUAAGUUGCAAAAGGAAAGACCCUUAUUACGUUUGGAAUUAGUGGCUCUUAAGGGUUGGCUUCUUUUGGGUGUUUUUUUGAUUAGCUACAGAUACAGUUUACUAGCUUGCUUGACUGUGAACUGAAAUUUACAAAGUGUAAAAGUAUUAUGAAUUUUCCUCAUAAAAAUCUUAUUUAAAUCACACAUCAUGGCUUUCUAUAUUUUUACUAUCAGGGGGAUUCACACCUGCAUGUGUUACAUAAUAAAAAGCUUAAGAAUACUAUUAUCUUUUUUCUGGACUAAGUGUAUUAUAACUGCCAUUGCACUUAGUGAGUAGUUCAAAUAUCCACUGGGUUAACAGACAAGAAUCUUAAACGAGAAAGGAAAUACAACAGGGUCCGAAACUGCACCUUCCUGGCGACCAGAAUUUCGUAGCUGGUCACCAGCUAGCGACUUGUAAAGCUGGUUGAUUAACGUUCGGAAAAACUGAUUUAAGAAUCGAAACGUCGAAGCUAUUUGCCAACAGGAGUCUUGCUUUUUGUCCUGCUGAUAUUUUUUAAUUAAUAGUGAAACAAAUCUUCCUGUAAUAAUACCUCCACAACAGCUACAAUCAAUACGAGUUGAACGUUUCCAAGCCGCCAUGUUGUUUUCAGCUGUAAUACAGUAAGUACGUUAUUAACUUUGUGGAUGUGGCACAGUUGUGGCCUGGUACAGCCAACAUGGCGGCUUGACUCGUGUUUAUGUUUCGUGUUUCGUGGUAGUUAUGGGAAGAAAAUAGAGUUUUGAUAAUUAUGAUCAGUGCAGUCAUGAGCAGACAGCUUUCUGUUCCUACGUUCUAGGUCAGAUAUGUUUACAUCUCUGAAAAGCGAUUUGUGGAAAAAAUAAGACUUCACUCGUACACUUACGGUUGGUUUCUGGUAUCGGGAGCGGAAGUAGUGCAAUUUUUUUAGCAUAAAAACGUCCAUACCAUACAUUUUUUGUUCUUGUUUAAACUUUUAUUUGAAAAAAGGGAGGGGGAAUUUUUGGCGACCACAAUUUGCCCUCUGGCGACCAAAAAUUUAUACUUAAUCGCCAGUUGGCACCCAUAUUAAAAAGUUAAUUUCGGACCCUGUACAACAAUAGUGCCAGCCCACAAGCACAUUGUUCAGUUCACGAGGGUUUUUCAGGCUAUUUCCACACCAUUCCAGUUCAGUUUUUUUGGCAGAAAUUAAUUCACAGUAUGGUGUCAAGCCUACUGCACAAAACACCAUGAAAUGACCCAAGGUUUUUCACAUUACUGCAUCACAGAAUUGGUUCAGAGGGAAAGCCAAAUACUAUGUCUGGCAGUAGUACUAUUAUGAUACUUUAAGCGUGCUGAAAAAAGCAGGAAAGGUCGGGUUAUUUACCUUCAGAACAGUCUGUUUGCUUGUUCACUUUACACCUUGUAAAGUUUCUAAAUCAUAAAUGGUACAAAUCGUACUGUUCAUAGAACUGUAAGUGUUCCUUCCCAGUGCAGUCCAUCUGAUAGGGUGCAAUAAAAAAUCAGAAAUUGAGAGAUAUUUUCAGGGUAGAUUGAGCACUAUUGUGCAAUAAAUUAUGCAAUUUUUUAAGGGUUAAUUAACAUUGUCUUACCAGGUUUCAAAGGAGAAAAAUCACUUUGAUGUUGUUUAACAGGCAAUUUGAAUGUAAAAGAAUAAUAAAACAUUUUUUUAAAACAAAAUAGUUAAAUUUGUCCAAUUGUCUUGACCUGGAAAAGAAAAAAAUGAAAAGAAAGAAGAAGGACACUUUUUUAAUAUUAUAUGACGCCGUUACACCGCUGACUACACUGCUUGUCUCUGAAAUCAAAAUGGCUGCCCAGAUACUGUGAUUGAAGGUUUCAGAUGUCUUGCAAGGCUUUCUUUAGUGGUAAAUCACCUUAAAUAACAAUUAAGGUUGGGAAAAUGUUUGAUUAAAGUUAAAAUUUAUUGUUCACUUUACUUGAAUUUAGCAUUUUUUUACGAAUUAUGCGAUUUUUCUCAAAUUGUGCAAUCUGAUGCGAUGUGAGGUCAAGUGUGCAAAAUUGCACCAUCGAGUAAUAUCAGAUGGCCUGCCAGUGGGGCUUAAGCGACAAAAACAUUUGCUAUUCCAAAGUACAACAAUUACAACAAUUACAAUUAUUAUCACAAAGCAUACAUGCACAAACUUACUACACACCUAAGCACACGUGCAAUUCCACAAUUACCACACAAGGUAAUGCCUACUGUUAUUUUACAAGUGUUAUUCAAAAAAGACGAAACUAAUCAUUUUUUUUCAAAAAAAGAAAAACUACCUAGAUUACAAAGUCCAUUUGUCCAUUAAUUUUUGUAAAUUCUUAUUCUUAGUGCAAAUAUAUUUUUCUAUUUCAUAUUUACCAUUUAUUCUAACUAUAAAACUGUUUAUGGUUGGGAGUAGUUCAUUCCUCCUGCAACUCCAUAAAUAUAUUUUCCCUAUAAGUAUAAGAUAAUUAAGCAAGGGGCAUUCAGAAGAUAAAAAGCCGAUCCAAAUUUCCUUUAAUGUUAGGUGAACUAGUUGUUUUCGCAACCCAAAAUAAUAAAUUAUGAUUCAAUACAUUUCCAGAAUGAAUUCGAAUAAGCUAAGGGCAGUCCCAAAAGAAAUGUCUAAUAGUUUCUGAUUCCCUUUUGCAAAAAGAGCACAAGUUGUCUGUUCUGUACCCAAUCUUGAACAACUUUGAGUUGGUAAAAAGUAUAGAAUUAAGUAUUUUAAAUUGAAAUGCUUUGACAUAAGGUUUAAACGCGAUAGAAUGGGGCAAGAGAAAUGCCUUUCUGAGAUCGUCAUUAGAUAGAUUAAAAUCCAACUUCAGUUUUUGUGCAUAAUUUGGGAGACAAGCCUUCUUUUUGAUCAAAAAAGGAUAAUAGUCUUUUGAUUUCUUUUGGCUAUGUCGAAAACGCCGCCAUUGAUUUUAAGGGAAGGUAUUGCAUUAAAGGUACUCGAAUCCGAGCGAUUAAGAACUCUUAAGUUGGUUGGUAUUGAAUGUCUCAUACUAGUCCAUUCAAGAAAGUUUGUCUUUUUAACAUUUUUUGCAAUCUGCUCGUAGGAUUCCGUAUUGCUGAGAUCAAAAUGUAGGUCUCCUAUUUCCCAGAUACCAAUGUCGUAAUAUUUCUUGUAGAAAAAGGGCUUGUAGUCUAUUCUUAAGUCUCGAUUAUUCCAAAUUACAUAAUAACAAUCGUAUUAAGAGCAUUAUCUUCUCGGAGUUCCGACCACCAUUUAAGUAGUUCUAAAUAAAAGGUAGAGGUAAUUUGAAGAUCCUUAACAUUAUAAUUGCAUUUAAAAAGCAUUAGACCUCCAGAAUCUUUCAAGAUGUAUUCAAGGUAGUUUUUCCACGCGCCUGAGUUGUCACUAAAUAUUCGUUUAAGCCAGGAAAGACGGAGAGAUUUUAUCAAACUUUCAAUAUCCACCAUUUUGAUGCCUCCUUCAUAAUUAUUUAUUGUUGAUGCUCUUGUUACUUUAUCUUUACCUUUCCAUAAAAACUUAUGUAACAUAUAUGAUUUAAAUCCUUGACAAUGUGUUCCGGAGUAGGUAACAAAGAGAAGGUGUAAACGAUCUUAGGUAUAAGAAGUGAUUUGAUUAGAGUAACCUUUCCGUAGACAGAAAGCCCCCUUGAGGACCAGAUGUUGAUUAGUUUUUUAAUGUCGACGAUUUUCUCUGAGAAAUUCUUUGAGUGAGACAACUUAUUAAGCAACAAAAACAUGCUGAAACUAGGUUUUUAUGUGUAGACGAAAGCCUUAUCUGCCUUGGUUUUUAAUAUGUAGUUAAAGCUGUCUGGUAUGGUGUAAACAAAGGCUCAAUAGUGUGACCAAAAGUGAGAGGGGCUUAAUUCAUAUUAAGUUUUUGCUUUAUCUUAUUUGCUGGGCAAAUUAGAACCUUUAAAUCUUACAUUCCAUUCAUAAUGUUUUAAGGUUGAAGAGAAGGAAAGGCUACAUGUCAGUCUAACACCUAGUCAAGCAAGAGCACUUUCAAAGGCGCCGUAUGUACAUGAAAUGGAAGACCCUGACGUGACAACUUCACAGGAGUUACAUCUGAUGCAGAGAAUGGGCUUACCAACUUGCUUCUUGAAUUCCCCUCGUGACUUGGAUUCUGAUGAUGAGGUGUGUACUGCUGAAACCCAUUUAAUCUUUCACUUUUACAGUUUUAUAGCCCUAAGACACUUGAAUCUGAAGAGUGAUUGUGUGACCAUUCAAAUGAAACCUCUUCCACAGGACAUUUGCAUGUGCUUUCUUCUCACUGCAAGAAGUGAAAGGAGUACUAACUUUGUGGCGUUUAUAUGUUUUGGUUCAAUUUUAUCUUUGGUUUAAAUUUUAUUUCCCUUUGUUUUGGGGUAUGGCGAUUUAGUAAAAUCCAACUAGUGGUCUAUUAUCAAUGCUGUGCUCUGAUUGGUUGAGCUACUACUAGGCUAUAUGUUAUAGCCCACUAGUAGCAAAGAGCACCGGAUUUUGGGGGGCAAAAAAGGAUUAAAGUCUUUCUUUACGUAGCUUAAUUUUUUUUAUUCUCGAUAUUUUUGACUAACUAGUUGGAUUUUACUAAACGCUCACUGCUCACCCUCAUGGCCUCUGAGGCAAUAGCCCAUUCGGCCUUUGGCCUCAUGGGCUAUUGCCUCAGAGCCCAUUCGGGCUCAAGGAAUAAUUGUUAAAUAUGAUAAUGAGUUUAAAACAAUGGGAAAUAAAACUUAAACCGAGGAUAAAAUUGAACCACAACAUAUGCAUAAAAUGGCGCAUACAGAAGAAAUCAACCAGUAGUAUCACUACUUUCAUGUCUCAACAUUGUGUCAGUAGUCCAGGUAGCCUCCCACGCAGGCGUUUUUAGGGGAGCUCGUAUUUCUUCCCUCCCUGGGGAGGGAAGAAAUACGAGCUCCCCUAAAAACGCCUGCGUGGGAGGCUAUAGUCCAGGGUGCUAAGAAAAUCAUUUUUACAGCUUGCCAUUCGGGCAAGCUGAAACUAACAUUUACUAGCUCAAGCAUCAUUUCAACUAGCCCCACAAACGUUUUGACGAGCAGAUUGAUUUCUCAGUUCUUCUGUAAUUUGAAUUCCUCAAAAAGCUUCACUUGCCCGUCGGGCAACUUAAUAACAGAAUUCACUAGCCCGAUAGCAAAAUCCACUAGUCCCGGGCUAUCGGACACUCCUUUCUUUGCACGCUGAGUAGUCCCAAAUCCCUCUUAUUUAUUCUAAUUGUUAUUGUGCUCCUUCAGUUCUCCUCACAAGAACCAAGCAAGGAGGUACUAAGAGAAAAGAAGAAGUUAAAGAAAAAGAAGAAGAAAGGGAAAGUAAAGUCAAAAUACGCGCAACCAACUAAUGCUAGGGACGCAACGCCUGAUACACUUGAGAAUCAACAUGAAAAACAAAACCUGCUUUGUGACAGUGAUGGGAUUACAACUGUUACAGCAUCACAUUUGGCCAAUGCCUUAUCAAGAGGAGGUGACGAUAAAACCACCAGCUUUGAUGAAACCGAAGAUUGCAGAGACGAAAAAAUCUCCUUGGCAUCUGGCAGCACAAACAACGAAGGUAGCCACAACGAAACCUCUCAUGAACAGUCUUCACAUAAAACCCUCACCUCCGACUCACAAGCAUGUACUUUAAAGAACGAGGGCGCCUAUACUUCGAGCGUUUCACAUGAAAAGGUCAGCGAACACCAAGUGGCGGGGUAUGCCAUUUCACACAGAGUACAUGAACAUGGGGUAUAUAACACUUGGGAUUCCAAAGAGGGCAGUGAAUCUAGUCAGGUAGAGGAACACUUCAAAUUGCAAUCAGAAAGUGGGGAAAAAGUCGGAGUGAUCUGUGUGGAAAGCACACAAGAAAACAGUGCUGGUGUUCCUAGUUUAUAUUCAAGCUGUAUCAGUGAGACGGAGCGUGUAGAAUGUAGGAGUUUCAAUGAGAAUUGCACAUCCGUCAUUGAACAAGGUCAACAAGGAAAUGGGCAAUGCGGCCAAACAAAAACAAUCCCUGACAACACUCCACUACCAGGUGGUUUGUGCUCAGAGACUGCUAAAGACGAAGGUGUCCAAGGCUGGCAAGACUACUGGAAAAUAUACGGCUUCUCGUUGGUUUGGGAGAACUGGAUAAACCUCUACCCAGAGCUGUCAAGCGUUUACAAACAGGUGGGAACAGAGACAGUCUGUAACGACGACGGGAAUGAGAGUAUUCUGAAGGCUUCAGCCAUUGAAAAUGACGAUAGCCAAUCAGAAGAAAUCACCAGUGCAAGAUCGAACUUAAGCAGCCUUUCAGAGGAGUCAGAUUUCUCCUUUAAAAACGAUAAAUCUACUGUCGUCAAUGUUGGUGACCUUGAGGCCAAAGGAGUAAACGGUACGGAAGCAAAAGAGAGUAUACCACCAUCUGAAGAAUGCAUGUUGGAAAAACUUCAUGACACAAGUCAUGGUAACCAGACCAGACAAGGACUGCCAGCUAUAGUUUCGUUUAAUAAUUGCCUUUCAGUGGACCAGCUAAAAUCUGAAUCUUCACAGUCCAGGGACGCCCAAGAAGAGAAUCUCCAGGAUAUAUGUGUGUGCGUUUCUCAAGAACAUGCUGCAGUGAAACACGAAUCAUCGUCAGGUUCUCUGUCUGAUCUGACAGUAGAUCAAGUGAGAGCUCUGUGGGAACAAACGUACUGGGAAGUGUACUGGUAUUACUAUGAGGAGUAUAAGUACUGGCGCAGCCAGGGCUAUAGCUUUGAUGGGCAUUCUGAUACUACAGAUGAAGCGCAAGGUUUAAACACGGCCUGUCUUGCACAAAAAGGUUUUGUUUCUUGUGGAUCAGGAGAAAAGCAGUCAAAAAAGAAGAAGACAAGAACGAGCAACAAAACUAAAACGUUUACAUUAAAAUUAAGUGGCAUGCAGCAAGCACAUCAAACUGCCAACGAAAAGGGUAUUGCCGGCGAGGGAGAUGAACCCCCUCCAGAGGAGAGAUACCACAGUUUAAAACGAGCCCAUGAGUUAGAUGUAGAGGAACAGAACACUCUCUCCCUUGAAAAGGCGUACGAGUUAAUGGGAUUUAAAGUAUCACGCGGAUUAUCACAUAACGACCUGCCCAGAGUCUGUGCAGGGAAAGCCUCGUUCCAGUCAAACCUGGAGUCCAAAAACAAGUUUCUCAAUAUGCACCAGACACUCGAAGUUCCCAGAUCCAAGGGAGUGCAUCUUAGAUUUGAAGAUAGCGACGAAGAACAGCCAAAUGAAAGAUGCUCUUCGUUUGAUGGAGAAAAUUUGGUAAGCAUUUCUGAUCAGGACGGUGCCUUCGUCGAGGAGAAAAAAGAGACCUCCAUGCUUGAUAACGUGAAAACGUUUGUAAGAGAGAUAGGAAACAACUCGCAUUCUGAAAGUUCGAGAGAUAAAAAAUCAAAAUGUGAUCAGACAUUCUCGGUAGCUGAAGGAAAUGAGGUACCGAAGCAUCUUAAGACGGCGUUCCAGGCACAAGAUGAUCUUUUAUCGUUACAAUCUCAACAGGAAACUGACAAUAUACCAGAAGUGAUUACAAAUUUAGAGCAAGACCCUGACAUUGCUAAAUACUGGGCGCAGAGGUACCGCUUGUUCUCGCGAUUUGAUGAAGGUAUCAAGAUGGACAAAGAAGGUUGGUUCUCUGUGACCCCUGAGCGUAUAGCAGAGCACAUUGCAGAACGAUGCCGUUGUGACCUGCUAAUUGACGCUUUCUGUGGUGUUGGUGGGAAUGCGAUUCAGUUUGCCUUCACUUGCGAGCGUGUCAUUGCAAUUGACAUCGAUCCCUUAAAAAUUGCUCUUGCGCGACACAACGCAACUGUCUACGGAGUUGCAGACAGAAUUGAGUUCAUUGUUGGUGACUACAUGAAGUUGAUACCGCAUCUGAAGGCCGAUGUUGUAUUUCUGAGUCCACCGUGGGGCGGACCAAAUUACGCAAACGCAGAAGUCUUUGAUGUCAAAACUAUGAUAACGUUAGAUGGCGUUCGCGUUUUUGGAGAGACCAAGACUAUCACCAACAAUAUUGCUUAUUUCAUGCCUCGCAAUGUAGAUGUUGAGCAAUUGUCAUCUCUCGCUGGUCCGGGUGGUAAAAUGGAGAUUGAACAGAAUUUCGUCAAUAAGAAGCUCAAGACGAUUACAGCAUAUUAUGGAGAACUGGUUGAAAAUACCUGGUGAGAAUCCCGGAGGACUAAAUUGGACUAUUCAAAUUCCAUUAGCCCUUCAUUAAUCACUUGGUUUUAGUGCAGUUGCUGUUUGCGCUCUCUUGACAAAAGACUUUAAGAUCCAACGACGUGACGGUACCGACAGCAUCUAAAAAACUAUGGGUUUAAUAAGCAAAACAGCAACGUCGCACGUGCAUCAUACUUUUUUUUGCACGACUACGACGUGAAACUGCCUAAUUUCGCGUUUUAUGGUUUCUUAACUUGGAUGUGGUCCCUUGGAAUUCAACUCCAGGAGGGUUCGCCUACAUUUGACAAAGUAAGUGGGUAGGAAUAACGGCGAUAAAGACUGAAAGAAAGCUAAUCUAUUUUUUAAGCGACGUUCUCGUGGCCGUCACGUCUUUGAAUCUUAGUCUAUGUUGACACUGUACCGGAUAACGUAAAAUUCCGAAAAUAAGCCCCGGGGCUUGUAUUUUUCAAAGGCCCUUUUAGAGGGGCUUAUUUUUGGAGAUGCUUAUCUACGGAGGGAUAUUUGCGUUUCAAAAUCGAUUGGGCUAGCCUUAUAUUUGGAAGUAAAUGUACCGUUUUAGCUUUGUUUUACUUUGUAUUUGAGGGCAAUUUUCCAAGUACAAGCCCCCGGGGGGCUUAUAUUUGGAGGGGCGAUUUAACGGAAGUUUUUUUGCGUUACCGGUUUGGGAGGCUUAUAUUUGGAGGGGCUUAUACAUGGAGGGGCUUACUUUCGGAAUUUUACGGUAGCUUUUCGUAGCGCCACGAAAAGCUAUCGGGUAUUGUAUGAACAGCAACGGCCCGGGGAGGGGCGGCACAAGUCGUUCACACACAUCGAAACAUCGCGAAACCGCGGUUAGCCGAGAGGGUUUGGUGCACUUAAUUCCAGCCUCACUUCCGUCUCACUGGGUUCCAGUUCUCGCUUCUACUUAUUAGGGAG